AUGGACCUCCACGACAUCACCCAGGGCAUGCCCCUCACGGGCCCCCAAGGCAGGUCGCCCCCUCUCCCUCUCCCUUUCAGCGCCCAUUCACCCCCGACAGCAACAGCCUUCAAUCUCACUACGACCACCAUGCAGAACCAGAUUCACGAACUCGCUAAGACCCUUCCUCCUCCCCGGAAGCAAAAUACAGCUUGCGAUGCCUGCAGGUCAGUCCCUCUUCCCCCCGCUCCCACACAGCGCAGGUCGCGAAAAGUUAAAUGCAAUCAGCUACCCGGUCAGGACAAGUGCCAGCACUGUUUAACCAAGAACUAUCCUUGCACACACUACGUCCAACAAGCCACGACCGAGAAGAAGCGAAACGCUGCCGCGCUAAAGCGGCCUCGCACCCUGAGUACUUCCACUUCAAGCACCACAGCGGCUUCAUCCUCGUCUAGAGUUAGCCCUGAACAAUCCAUCUCCCCUGGACACACCCCGACAUCUCCACAUUAUCCAGCCGCCACGUCUUACAAACCAUUACAAGGCUACUAUUCUUCGUACAAGCCUAUUACCCCGCAGACCCCCACGCGAGAACUCCUUGCUUAUCUAUUCUCGCCGCCCACACCAAGCUCGAUGCAUGGCUACCACUCCAUUCUCCCCCAAAGCAUGGCUGGGUCUUACGCCGACUGGGGCGAGCUUGCGCCCCGACUGGCCGAAGAGCCCUCUCGUGUCGAUAUUGCAACUGACCUCGUAGAUGUAUACUUCCAAAUUGUACACACCCGCCUCCCGUUGCUAAACCCUGCACAAUUCCGCGCCCGCCUGCACAGUAGUCUCCAUCAAGCGCAAUCGCGCAGCCACUCUCCUGGGACUCCCCCUGCCUCGGGCGCUUCCUUCGUCUCAACCUCGCCGCACGCGCCCGAGAAACCCCUGCACCCUGCCCUCGUAGCAACUGUCAUCGCAUGGGGCGCCAAGUUCUCGGAAAACCCUUUGCUCGUCAAAGACCGCGAGCACAACAACGGUCAAAGUCUUUUCGCAAAGACGCUGAUCACCCGUGCGCGAGACCUCGCCGAGGACCUCAAGGUUCACCGCAUUCCGAGCUCGGACCACGUCGUAAUUGCGCUUCUGAUAGAACCCAUGCAAAGCCAAAACAUGGAAAAUUCAUCCGGAUUCCACGGCUUCUGGCUGAUGAGUGCGAUUCGGCUACUUCUCGACCUCCAGAUCAAUCACAAAUCGGUGAUGUCGAACAUUCAAGAUCCCGAGGCUCGGGGUACGAUGAUCUUCGCAUGGUGGAUGGCUUGUCUUGCCGACGCGUAUCGGAGCGUGUACUACAGGCGAAAACCGAUGCUGGACGACGACGAUUAUGAUAUCGACUUCUACACAGUGGGACCAGUGCCGCCUGACCACCUCGAGUCGUCGCAGGCGACGCAGCCCUCGCCGAGGGAACAGCUUGAGUUCCUGGGGUACUACCGCGCGGCACACGCGCUUGCCCGCAUCUCCCGUCAGAUGUCGCGGCAGCUGUGGCGUCCUGCGACUGAGUCGGAUGGGAUCCCUUUGAAUGAACUCUUGACGUUCAUGAACCUGCUGAACGACUGGCGCGAGGAGCACCUACAGCAUGUUGGUGUUCCGAGUAAUUUCCACUCGGAAUGGGACUUCGUUAGCGCCGUUACCGCCUGUGCGAGCGAUGCGACGUAUCACAUUAUGUGGAUCAUCAUUUUCAAUGCGCUGGAUGACUUCGGGAUUAGGGAAGUAAACGAUAUGAUGCGUUCAGGAAGCCCAGGAAACCUACUGCCAAAUUCGGUGCAGAUUGAGACGACCAAACGUAAGGUCAUGGAUGAGGCGCUGCAUGGUUCAACACGUAUUGCAGGCUUGGCGGGUGUGCUCACAUCCCACGGAUAUUUGGUUCGUAUUCGUUUCACACGAUAUACGCGGCCCAAGCAGCUCCCCACUGACAAAUUUAUGAUGACAGAGAUUGGAUUCGGCCGUGAUGCACGUCAGCAUUAUCCAGGCCGGCACACUUCUUGCGCGACUUGGGCGGCCUGA